CUUGAGGAGCAGAAGGAGUGUAACCGGCUGCAGGGACGGAGUAGGAAGAGACAGGAACAGAAAGCAGGAUCAAACACGACACAGAGAAGAAGAAGAAGACGAAAACAGAGAGGAGUCAAACAGGAUCCGAACCCAGCCAGGUGUGUUCAGGCCACGCCCCUUCAGGUAAACACUCAGGAGUGUUCCUGAACAGAAGGAUGGAUGGAAGCCGCUCGGCAGGAAAUCCCAGCGCUGCCUUGUCUCGCACACUUCCUGCCCACGCUGAUGAGGACACGCUUGAACCUGCUGAUUGGAUCUCAGCUUCAGAGGAGAACGACCGGCAGAGAGAAGAGUCAGUCAGUCUGCCCGAGUCCCAGGAUCAACAAAGUCCUGCAGAGACCAACAAGAGCCUUAAAGAGACCAAACAGAGUCAAGAAGAGACACAACAGAGUCCAGAGGAGACCCACCAGAGUCCUGCAGAGACCCACCAGAGUCCUGCAGAGACCCACAAGUGUCCUGCAGAGACCCACCAGAGUCCUGCAGAGACCCACAAGUGUCCUGCAGAGACUCACCAAAGUUCAGAGGAGACCCACCAGAGUCCUGCAGAGACCCACCACAGUCCUGCAGAGACUCACCAAAGUUCAGAGGAGACCCACAAGAGUCCUGCAGAGACUCACCAAAGUUCAGAGGAGACCCACAAGAGUCCUGCAGAGACUCACCAAAGUCCUGCGGAGACCACCCAGAGAUCUGCAGAGAAACAUCAGAGUCCUACAGCGAAAAACAAGAGCCCUGCAGAAACCAACCAGAGUCCUUCAAAGAAACACCAGAGUCCACAUAAUCCUGCGGAUAAACACCUCAGUUCUCCAACCAAACCAGAUAAACCAAAACCAAGUCUUCGUCCUAAAAAGCAACAAAAACUGAGAGAUUCUCCUCCAACAGAAAAACAGAAAACAAAAGAUUCUCCUUCUUUAAAAGAUCAACCAGAACCAGAUCAGACCUCAACCGAACAAGACCCCCUAAAACCAAGUUCUGUUUGUACAGACCAAAAGAAACCAGGAGAUUUCUUCUGCCCAAAACAUGAACAAAAACCAGAUGACGCUCAGAAACACCAAAACCAGGAGGAUCUGUGUCCUAAACAGCAGAGACCUGGGGAGGACCCUCCUCCUCCUCACCUGAACACCCAGCAGGCUCCUCCUCCUCACCUGAAUACCCAGCAGGUUCCUCCUCCUCACCUGAACACCCAGCAGGCUCCUCCUCCUCACCUGAACACCCAGCAGGCUCCUCCUCCCUUAAAGGAUUUAACAUUUUUUACUUCAACCUUCAAUAAACAAAACCAGAAGGAGGUCAAACUCCACAUCUCUGAGCCCAAAGAUAAGCAGAACCACGACACUCCCCGUUCUCCUCUCCUGAACACCCAGCAGGCUCCUCUUCCUCCUCCUCACCUGAACACUCAGCAGGCUCCUCCUCCUCACCUGAACACUCAGCAUGCUCCUCCUCCUCACCUGAACACUCAGCAGGCUCCUCCUCCUCACCUGAACACUCAGCAGGCUCCUCCUCCUCUCCUGCACACCCAGCAGGCUCCUCCUCCUCUCCUGCACACCCAGCAGGCUCCUCCUCCUCCUCAGGUUCUCACGUCGAUGACUCAUCCGAACGAAGACUCCACCCUGGCUCCGCCUCUCACGACAGAGGUGCUCUGUGAGCAGGAGCAGGGGCAGCCCCGCCCUCUGGUCUCUUUCCCAGGUGAACCCAAACUGUGUGGCUUCCUGCAGAAGCAGGGGGGGCCCCUGAGGGCCUGGAAGCAGCGCUGGUUCACCUACGAGGAUAAAAGGAACCAGCUGUUCUACUACCGCACACCGCAGGACGUGACGCCGCUCGGCCGGAUAGAGCUCUGCAGCGCCACCUUCACCUACCCGCUGAAGGCUGAGAAGGGGACCUUCCAUAUCAAGACACCUGAACGCACCUUCAUACUCAAGGCUGUGACCCAGGAGCUGAUGCUUUACUGGCUGCAGCAGCUGCAGCUGAAACGCUGGCAGCACAGACAGAUGUCCACCUGUCCAGACCUGACAAACAACAACAACAACAACACUCCAGAGGACUUCCUGCCGGCGUUAAAGAGCCCUCUGGGUCUGGUGGGGGAGGGGGCGGCCAACGUACCGUCACAACGGACGCCGCUCACCAACAUGUCGCUCAAACAUCCGCUCAUCGAGAUCCAAAACUCGGUCCACAGUCUGCGUAAGAGGUCGUCUCAGGAGUGGAGUCAGAGUGUGUUUCAUGUAGACGCUCCACCGUGGACUCCACCCAACGCCACAGACACCAACAACACUACAGCUCCUUCAGCUCCCACGACUCCCAUUGAGCCCCCGACCCCGCCCCCCCUCCUGUCAUUGACUGAGCCGACAGGUCAGGUGUCCCCAGCUGAGGGCAGGGAGUCUCCUUCGCUGUUCGACAGACGGAACAGGAAGGCGAAGAAUCGCAGGUCGUCCACCAUGACGUUGUCCCGCACAGAGACGCUGCAGCAGGAGAAACAGAUGCUGAUGGAGGAGGUCAAAGCUCAGAAGGAGCUGGUGUGGAUCCUCCACAAAGCCUUGGAGGCGUCUCAGCUGGAGAAACGAACCUGUGCAGAGUUUCUGGCGGAGAAAGGAGAGCAGGAGCGUCUGGAACUGCUGCGACACCGCGAGCGGCAGGCGGCCGACCUGCGAGGGCGGCUGGAGGAGGCGAAGACGGAGGCGGAGGCCACGAGGAGGAGUCUGGCUCAGAGAGACGCACAGCUGGCCGAGCUGCAGGAGAACAUCGGGAUGCUGAAGGAGAAGAACAACGCCAAGCAGGAGGUGAUCAUUAAGCUGUCGGAUCAGGUGACUUCCUGUAUGUCGUCAGGUGGUGGCUCAGACUCUCAGACCUUCAGACAGCUUCAGCAGGACGUCGAGAACCUGAAGGACGACAUCGAGGCGUAUAAGACUCAGAACAAGUUCCUGAACUCGGAGAUCUACCAGCUGACCAAACUGUGGAGGACCAGUUCAGAGCAGGAGAAGAGUCUGAUGGUGAAGUGUGCUUACCUGGAGGCCAGUAACUGUCAAGUGGAGAGCCGGUACCUGAACGUCCUGCGGCAGCUGCAUGAGACCAAAUCUCUGGAUCCGGUCCAGCGGGGGGCCGUCCAGAAGAUGAUCGAGGACGCUCUGAAAGGAGAGCUGAAGAGUGUCCUCAAGCUCAACGUGGCCAGAGACCACGAUGAGUACGGCUUUAAGAUCAUCCCGGACUACGAGGUGGAGGACAUGAAGCUGCUGGCAAAGAUCCAGGCUCUGGAGAUCCGCUCACACAACCUGCUGCAUCAGGAGGCAGGAGAGCGCCCCCUGUUGAGUCGCUGGGCUCAGUACCUCGCCGGCAGGUCAGAUGAUGACCUCUGUCCCUCACCUGAGCUCAAAUGUCUGCUCCGAGCCGGCGUCCCGAAGGAGUACCGACAGCAGGUGUGGCGCUGGGUGGUCAGAACCAGAACCAGGACCAUCAGAGAGCGACACCCACAGCGCUACCAGCAGCUGUGUGAGAAGAGUCGGACGUCUCCUCAUUCGGCCUCCAGACAGAUCCAGCUGGACCUUCACCGCACCCUCACAACCAAUCAGCACUUCUCCUCACCCUCUAGCCCCGCCCUCCAGCAGCUCCGCCGCAUCCUAUUGGCCUUCUCCUGGCAGAACCCUGCUAUUGGCUACUGCCAGGGACUCAACAGGGUGGCAGCCAUCGCUCUGCUGGUUCUUCAGAGUGAAGAAGAAGCCUUCUGGUGUCUGGUGGCCGUGGUGGAAGCCAUCAUGCCUCAGGACUACUACACCAAGAACCUGGUGGCCUCUCAGGCGGACCAGCGAGUGCUGAAGGACUUCCUGUCGGAGAAACUUCCCAGACUGGCGGCUCAUUUUGAGGAUUACAGCAUCGACGUGUCUCUGAUCACCUUUAACUGGUUCAUGGUGAUUUUUGUGGAGAGUCUGCCGAGUGACAUCCUGCUGCCACUGUGGGACGCCUUCCUGUAUGAGGGCACCAAGGUGAUUUUCAGGUACGCUCUGGCUCUAUUUAAAUACAAAGAGGACGACAUCCUGAAGAUCCACGACAGCGUGGAGAUGUACCAGUACCUGCGUUUCUUCACCAAGACCAUCUCUGACGGCAGGAAGCUGAUCAGCGUCGCCUUCAACGACAUGAACCCGUUCCCCGGCCGCCUGCUGAGGAACCGGCGAGCGCUUCACCUGGAGCGCCUGCAGGCGGAGCUGCGAGAGCUGGAGGAGCAGCAGAAGGAGUUCGUCACGGAGAGCGCCGAACGUAAAGACAAAGAGCUCGACACCAUGGUCAGCGAGGAUGACGAGGAACUCUGAUCUCACUCACAGAUUUAUUUUGUUGACAAUCAGUCGACACACAGCUGCUUCUACGUUAGCUACCUGAAACUGCUGCUGCAGCUGAACACAAGUCUGAUUGUAAAGUUAACAGUUUAGCUCAUGGAUAGUUGUUAGCUAACACAAAACAUGAAUGAACUACAAGCGCUUCCGCCCAUAUAGAUCAGCACUACUACUGUAAACCCACACAAAAACUGACCCAGAUUCACUGCUGACUGACAUAGCUACACUGCUAACUGCCGUAGUUACAAUGCUAACUGACAGUUACACUGCUAACUGACGUGGUUACAAUGCUAACUGACGUGGUUACAAUGCUAACUGACGUAGUUACAAUACUAACUGACGUGGUUACACUGCUAACUGACAUAGUUACAAUGCUACUGACGUGGUUACACUGCUAACUGACAUAGUUACAAUGCUAACUGACAGUUACACUGCUAACUGACGUAGUUACAAUGCUAAAUGACAGUUACACUGCUAACUGACGUGGUUACACUGCUAACUGACAGUUACACUGCUAACUUAUGUAGUUAGAACACUAACGGACAUAGGUACACUGCUAAGUGUUGUAAUUACACUUUGCAUAUUGCAGAAGUUUCACUACUGACACAGUUAGACUGCUAACGUACGUAGUUACUCUGCUAAGUGUUGUAACUUUUCUUAUUGACGUAGUGACACUACUGACACAAUUACACAGCUAACUGACAUAGUUACACUGCUAACUGACAUAGUUACACAGCUAAUUGACAUAGUUACACUGCUAACUGACAUAGUUACACUGCUAAUUGACAUAGUUACUAAUUGACAUAGUUACACUGCUAACUGACAUAGUUACACUGCUAAUUGACAUAGUUACACUGCUAAUUGACAUAGUUACACUGCUAACUGACAUAGUUAUACGGCUAACUGCAGCUGUUCAAGUCUUCAGUCUCUUUGAAAUAUAAAAUCUGUUUUUAUCACAUGAUGAACAAAUAAACAUAGAACAACAUUUUAUUGUUAAUAAGAUUCAGGGUUUGGUUAUAAAGCCUCAGAUAAUCAUGUUCACGUCUCGCCCAGAGAGAAUUAGUGUCAUCGUUCAGUCUGAUACCACCGUUAGCUCCAUGCUAAUGUUUUAUUUUAUUUUGUCUCAUCUGACUUUUUGUUGGUGAUAAACUGUGAUUUAUUGUUCAGCUCAUUAAUUGUUAAUGAGCCGACAGUGUUCUUAGGUGGCAGUUACAGUUAUAAAGUGCCAAGUGAGAAAAUAACGCUAAUGCUAACAGAAGCUAACCUGCUUUGUUUUUGUAUUAUAAGAAGCCAAAUAAAAACAACAGGUUGACUCAAUAACUUUCCAAUAAGUCUGACGGUAAUAACUGUCAUGAAAAACUGUAGUUGUGUUAUAAAGUAAAGUAUUGUGAUGUGAACAGUCUUAGCUUCACACCUGAUGCUAACACUGGUCGCUAAUGUUUGUUUGUAUGUUUGUGAACCACUGGUUCAUUUUGUCUUCUUGUCAUCCAAAUCUUAUUUUUUAUUUUAUUUUAUUUUAUUAUGGGUUUGUAAAAAUAUUCAGUAAAUUAAAGUGUUGGAUUUGAUUUUCCUGAUGACAUCACGCUCACACGUCAUAACGUGCUCGACUGCUGAAAUUACAAACACAUACUUGUGGACUUCGGCCUGAGAUGUUUCCAUUAAUGUUUAUUAUUCCAAAACACAAAUCUUAAUAUCCAUCCAUCUAUUUUCUAACCGCUUAACCUCUUGAGGGUUGCGGGGGGCUGGAGCCUAUUCCAGCUGACACUGGGUGAGACAGACAACCAUUCACACUCACAUUCACACCUACGGACAAUUUAGAGUCACCAAUUAACCUGCAUGUCUGAAACCCACACUGACACGGGGAGAACAUGCAAACUCCGCACAGUAGGGCUCCUGCACCUGGGAUCGAA